CUCUUCAGUAAGAAUUUCUCUGUGCCUUAUAAGCAUGUUGCUACUGUCAGCAUGUAUCUAGAUUUGUAACUACAAACUUCCAAGACUUUAGGCACCCAAAUGUGUUAAUACAACUAAGUCACAGGAAUUUUCACUGAAUCACUUUAAUGCAUCUAAAUCAGAUGCAUAUUUCGUUCCAUUGAACUUUGGUCUUUUGUGAAACCAUCUCAAAGAGAUGCCUAUGAGAUGUCAGCUUGCUGAUUAGUUUAAAUAAAUAAAUAAGUAAUAGGAAGACAGAGGAAGAAGGGAAAAUGCAAUUCCAGAAAUUUGCCAGUGUUUUUUCCACGUCUCUGUUACAAUAAUGAUAAUUUAGGUUUUAGGUAGUGAGUGUGCUGGCAGAAGGAAUUUGUAAGGAGUCUGAUAAUUUCUAAUUCAUGUCACAUGAGUGUUCAUCACUUAGAAUCUUAAAUUCUACCCAGAAUUUGAUAAGUAGCUUAGGCAGACUUUGUAAGAAACAAGUUUAUCUCCUUUCAGUGACAUGGGCUGCCUCUGCCACCAUGGCCAUUCCUAAUGUGGUACCAAGGCUUUUCUAAAUAGAGUAAAAACUAGCAAAUAACCUGUUGGAAUUGGUGUUAUAAUUUCUUUCAAAUGUGCAUUUGUUUAGUUUGUUCAAAGCUUUUGUUGUCUCUGUGAUUCCCAUGUGUAGCAAGCCAAGCUGUGAUCCCUGCUAAUUGUAUAGAAACGUGUAACACAGUAUUUUUAUUUAUGAUGCAUUUGUAUUCCUUCCAUUCAAAUAUUGCAUAAACUGUCCUCUUCUUUAACAAGACCCAAGGGCUGAUACAGGAAUGUUCGUUGCUGCUGUGAGAUGUUGCUUUGUUUCUUCCUGUAAUUCCAUCCUGACUUGGCAAUGCAGGCUCAGAGUUAUCAUUUCAUUUGACCUGUAAAUCAAUCUGUGUAACAUGCAAAGUAACCACGAAUGCAAAGGAAAUGAGAACAAAGUCAUUUGAAAAGCAUUUUAUGGGGCACAUUCCAAGGCUGUAUUUAUGUGUAGUUUAUUCCUUCCGUGAGGAAGCAGUGAAAUAUGCAGAACUGUAACACAAAUACACAAAGAAACAAGAAAAAGGAAGGAUAGAGUGCGAAUAUUUAUGUAUGUUAAUGAAGAAUGGAGGGAUUUAAGAAGAACCUGAUCCCUUAGCUUUGCAGCAAGGAAUAAGGAUCUGCAUCUUCCUUUCCCUUCUGGCCUGGACUUGGAGCAUGACAUGGGUAAGUUUCUUUGCCUCUGUGUCUUACUCUUCUAAUUUAGUAAGGGAUGUGAAGAAUGUUGUGUUAUCAUAACAAUUUGGGUCUUACAUUGCAUUUGUUGUUGUUGUAUCAAUAUCGUGUUGGUAAACUUUUUAAAGGAUGGCUUCAUGCCUUAGAAAUGUUUGAUACGUACCAAUGUUUAGCAUUUGGUUAUAUGAAAAAUAUUCUGAAGAUCCCAAAUUCAGACCCUAUGAUUAAUCUUUUUGACUAAAAUUCUAAGCACAGCUAGGCAUAAUUAGAGGAGAGCUCUACUCUUUUUCUCAUCCAUUAACAUUGCAAGACCUGAUUUAAAUGCUUUUUAACAUUUUCUGUCCUCUCUCACAUAAAGGGUGAAUAUCUUGCUAUUGUCACUUCUCUCAGCUCUCUGCUGUCUUAGACAUCCUUGUUAUGGGGGUGGUUGUUUUUGUAGUCACAAAGAGGUAAGUUCUCUUAGUCAAAAGUAUUUACGCCCUGAACAGCUCUGCCCAGACUUCUCUGGGGCUGCAGAGGGAAUCAGUACUCCGUGCCCUGUCCAAAGGAGUCUCACCACGCUGAGUUCACAGGCUGUGUCAGUACCCCUGAUGGGGCAUCUGCAUCUGAACAACUGCAUGAGCAGGUGCUCAAACACACAGCAAGCUUGGACAACUCUACUAAUUCAGGGCUUAGAUGCAGAAAUUUUUAAUAAGUCAACUGAAGAGAGGUUAUCUUUUGUAUGGCAGGUUAUUUCAGCAAAACCCUGUCCUUAAGUAAGUUUAAGAGAGAGCUUAGUCUCUUCUGAUUUUCUGCUAUUCUUCUGCCCUUGGGCACUCCAGAACAUCCCAUCCUGCCUGUGACACACCAAAUAUCCGGCUGUCAUCUUAACUCACACCUCUCCUGAGCUCUUCACGCUCUGGUUAUUCUGUUAAAGGCUCCUUUCUGCAUAAGAUCUUCCACACUUGAAAGCCAUUCUUCAGGUUACCCCAGAGCUGGAGCACAGCUCCUGUUCUGUGACCUGGGAGUGCAGAGCUGUGACGUUCACAGGACCUGCUAGUGACCAGGACACAGACCUGGUCUCACACUUCUGCCUUCUGGGCCAGACCCCUCUGGGGUCCAGUACCCAGCAGUGUUCAGAACCAGCACAGGGACCAGGCUUUGUGUGCUGGGGACAGAGAUUGUCUUGUCUGUCUUAUGCCAGAUCCUCCUUACUCAAUUCAGGCUUGGCUUCAGCAGCAUGUGAUUUGAAAUAAACUUGUGUAAGCCUACUGGGUUCCUCUAUGAAACAGUGCAAUUACAUUUCAACAUUGCUUUACAGUCUGGAUGUGAGUAACAUUUUGAUAAGCCAAACAUUUCAGAAAUGUGGACCUCCUCCAUGUAAAUAAAUGGACAAACUCCCUGACACCUUCCUGUUGUAAUGUACAGUCAUCUGCUAUAAAUACUGGAUGUACUGAAUGUUUUGUUUUUUCCUAUGUGCCUACAUGAACUAUGAAUGGUCAUAUGAGAAAAAGUAGAAAAAGGAAGUAGAGAGUUUUGACCAAAAGCAAGCUCCAAUCUUAAUGCAGCAGCUUUUCUUCUUGUAACUUUAUCUUCUGUUUCUUUCAGAAAUACUUGGCAGGAUGCAUUGAAUAAAAUACUACCAUCCUUCUUUAGUAAAGCCAACCAGCAGCUACAAAGGAGCAGGAACAGCAAAAGGCCUGAGCACACGUGAACUUCUCUGCCUGCCUGGGAGCACCUGAUGCCCUUGAGUCAGGAAUUGUCCAGCACAGAGACCUCACCCUCCUACCUGCACAGGAAGGCCUGGGAGAGCGCUGACAGCAGGAUUCUACCAAGGUCGUGAUGCCAGAGGGAUCCACGGAAGAGCUCCACAGCAGCCCACCCUGCGAGAGCCAAGUGACAGAGCCUGCUGGGCUGCUGGCUCCCAGCAGCAGCAGGACAAUGGUGACAGGAGGUGGAGGCUACCUGGGAUACAAUCUGGGAUGUGCCCUUGUUAGCUCGGGAAUUGCUGUUGUGCUCUUUGAUGUUCGGAAACCUAAAUGGGAAAUUCCGAGCGGAGCGGAUUUUUUCAAGGGUGAUGUGAGGGAUUACGAAGCAGUGUUCAAAGCAUGUGAAGGGGUUGACUGUGUUUUCCAUGUAGCUGCAUGUGGAAUGUCGGGAUUGGAACAACUUCAAAAGAAAGAUCAGAUUGAAUCCAUAAAUGUUGGAGGCACAAAAAUAAUAAUUGAUGUCUGCAAACAAAGAAAUAUCCCUAGACUGAUAUAUACCAGUACAGUGAAUGUGGUGUUUGGAGGGAAUCCUAUUGAAGAAGGAGAUGAAGAAACUGUACCGUAUUUUCCACUGGAAAAGCAAUUUAAUCAUUAUUCCAGAACCAAGGCAAUUGCAGACCAAAUGGUUCUUGCUGCUAAUGGAACUUUACUCAAAGGAGGGGACAAGCUCCACACGUGUGUGCUUCGCCCGCCGGGCAUCUACGGACCAGAAGAGCAGCGGCACCUGCCUCGAGUAGCCAUAAAUAUCCAGCGCAGACUUUUUAACUUCAAGUUUGGGAAUCACAAAGUUCAGAUGAACUGGGUUCACAUAGGAAAUCUAGUGCAAGCUCAUUUACUGGCUGCUGAGGCGCUCACCUCUGAGAAGGACUACAUAGCUAGCGGCCAGGCUUACUACAUCCACGAUGGUGAAAAUGUCAUCUUCUCUGAGUGGUUUGUGCCUUUGUUUGAAAAAUUAGGCUACAGGAAACCUUGGAUACAUAUUCCUGUUCUCCUGGUUCAUAUAGCAGCCACUGUGAUGGAAUAUCUGCACCUGAUACUAAAGCCAGUUUUUAGCUUUACACCUUUCUUGACAAGAAAUGAGGUGUGGAAUGUCACAGUAACUCACACGUUCCGAAUAGACAAGGCACGAAAUCAACUUGGUUACAAACCAAAGAAAUUCUCAUUCGCUGAUUCUGUGGAUCAUUACCUAAAAACAAGACCUACCUGCCAAGAAGAUCACACGUUCCUUAAAAUGGUGUUUGUUUUUGGCAUUUUGUUAAGCUUGAUCAUUCUUUCUUUCUUCUAAAAUCAAAUAGCCACUCACCUGUUCCAGAAAAUUUAAUUUUGUUUCUGAGUAUUAAUUAUCUGGUCAUAGUACAUUCCUCAGCCACUCUGGACUUUGUUAUUCAUAUUACUAUGAUGACACCUCUCUGACCUUAUUAAGAAAGAAAAAACCCAAACAAAAACAACUAGAAAAGUGAAAAUGUAGGAUGUAUCAGGAAAUGUUUCCCAAGAGCAACACAGUAUUACAGCAAAGGAGGUCACCACAAAUGUGUGCAGGAAUAGUUUUCAUGGAUCUUCAUUAAGUGAUGUUUCAUGCUGGGAAGCAUUUUCUAAAAAUGAUAACUUGGGAAGGGGAGAAGGUGGAAGAAGAGGAACUGUCACAGGACAACAGUGCUGUAACAAGUCCAGUAGCUCCAAUGAAGAAAAGGGUGAUUAAACAACUCUUCUGAUGAAGCCACAGCUACAGCUACUGUCAGUUAGCCUGAGGAAUUACAGAGACCUGGGAAACAGUGGAAAAAUAUGGAAAGUAAAUAUUUAUAAAUAAUAGCUGAUUAGAGGAGUGGAAAUCAUAUUUAUGUAAAAUAGUUGUAUUGUUCUAAAGCUUUGUAAAAAUGUAAUAAAUAUCAUUAUGUGUGUUUGUAAAUUAAAUAAUAUCCUUUCAAUGCAAUAAUAAAUAAUAACUGAACCAAA